AUGGGUUUGAAUGAGCCGUUGGUACUAAAUGGGGAUUUGGAGAUCAAUGAAGGUGCCGAGACGGUGGCGGUUUCUCUUCCGGUGAGGUUUGGGUUGGUUAGAGAACUGUGGAGGAAUUUGGUGAAAGUGGUUUUUGGAACAAAGCUUGCUGUGCUUUUUCCGGCCAUCCCUUUGGCUGUGGCGGCGGAUUUUUAUAGCUUUGGAAGAACAUGGAUAUUUGGUUUGAGCUUACUCGGAUUGGCUCCACUUGCUGAACGUGUUAGCUUUUUGACAGAGCAGAUUGCAUGCUACACAGGGCACACAGUUGGUGGGCUAGUGAAUGCAACAUGUGGGAAUGCAACAGAGUUAAUAAUAGCAAUGUUUGCUCUUCAUCAAAACAAAGUCAAUGUCUUGAAGUUCUCUCUUUUGGGUUCUAUUCUUUCCAAUUUGCUUCUUGUUCUUGGGACUUCCUUGCUUUUUGGUGGCUUAUCCAAUCUCAACAAGCAACAGACUUUCAACCUAAAAGUGGCCAAUGUGAGCUGUGUGUUGUUGUUGUUGGGAUUGCUAUGCCAAACGUUACCAUUGAUGUUUACAUUUGCAUCACCCACAAUGAUGAUCUCAACAAACGUUUAUGUACUUCAAUUAUCAAGAACUUGCAGCCUUCUAAUGCUAACUGCAUACAUUGCUUAUGUCUUCUUCCAGUUGAAAACCCAUCACCAAUUUUUUGGUCUACCACAGGAGGAAGAGGAUGAAGAAGAAGAAGAAGAAGAAAGGGCAGUGGUUGGUAUUUGGAGUUCAAUUGCUUGGUUGGUUGGUAUGACCAUACUCAUAUCUAUUUUAUCACAAUACAUUGUUGCAACAAUUGAGGAUGCAUCAAAAUCAUGGGGAGUAUCAAUGAGCUUUGUAAGCAUAAUUUUGGUACCAAUUAUGGGGAAUGCAGCAGAACAUGCUGGAUCAAUUAUUUUUGCUGUCAAGAACAAAUUGGAUAUAACACUAGGAAUAGCCUUGGGAUCUGCAGCCCAAAUUUCCCUAUUUGUGGUGCCAUUGAGUGUGAUUGUUGGAUGGUGUAUGGGCAUCAAAAUGGAUCUUGAUUUUGGUAUCAUUGAAACUUCUUCUCUUGCCUUCACCAUCAUCUUAACUAUCUUCACCUUACAGGAUGGAAGUUCAAAUUACAUCAAAGGAUUGGUACUUGUCCUAAGUUAUGUAGCAAUUUCUUCCUGUUUUUUUUGUUCAUAA